AUGUCGAAUAAUCAAACUCUGGUGAAGUUGGUGAACUCAGACCAGUCACUGAAUGUGUCUUUACUGCUAAACCAACUGGCAACUGGUUCAACAACGGCAGGAAACCCAAUCAGCGGCGCCUUUUCACCAGAUGAUCGGCCGGUUAAUAUCUCGCAGCUCACCAGGCAGGCAAAGGAGACCCUAAAGUCUUCGAAACGCAGAAUACCAGGGGAGCCAUGUGAGUAUCCCUGCCUUAAUGGAGGACAGUGCUAUUUGUCGGAGUCAUGUGACUGCAGCUUGUUUCAGGCCACUGGACACAGAUGUCAGACAGUUCCAAAUCUCGGGUUUGAGAGGGAGAUGACCUGCAGGACGUGGGGUCAGUACAACUUUGAGACCUUUGACGGUCUCUACUUCCACUUCCCUGGCCGAUGCACGUACACGUUGCUGCGGGACUGUGAGGAAACCACCCAGGCCAGCGUUGUUGUCCAGGUCCACAAUGACCCAAACUGCGGCUCGGCUCCCUACGUCUGUCAACGGUCCGUUAGCCUCUUCCUGCCGUGGGAUGGCGAGAUACGACUCCACGCCACCAGCGUUACCUUUAAAGGUCAAAGUCUGCAGCUUCCUCAUCACAUCCAUGAGCUGCAGCUGGAGCAGAUUUCCCAGUAUGUGCUGGUGACGCAGCAGCAGGGCUUCACGCUGGCCUGGGAGGGGCGGAGCGGAUCGGUCUACAUUAAACUCAGCCCGGAGUUCGUGGGCCGAACCUGCGGCCUGUGCGGAAACUUCAACGCAGACAUUCAGGACGACCUUAAGACGAGCUACGGUGUGCUGACUCCAGAUGUAGAGAUGUUUGGGAACAGCUGGAUGGAGAUGGAGCCCCACCAGGACCGAUGCCCCCAUGUUCCCUCUGCAUUCCUGUCGCCCUGCACUGGUGUUGAUACUCAAAUCCUUCUGAAAGUGGAGGAAGUGUGUGCGGCGCUGCUGGACCCGCCUUUCCAGAGCUGCCAUGACUUUGUGAGUCCGCUGUCCUACAUGGCCAGCUGCUCCAACGACCUCUGCAUGUCGGGUCCCAGUGGCGAUGUGGUAUGCCAGGUGUUCAGCGAAUACGCUCGAGCCUGCGCCCAUGCUGACCACCCAUUGCACAACUGGAGGCAGCGCAUUCCUCAGUGUGUGAAGCAGUGUCCUCUGGGGCUGCAGUACAGGGAAUGCAUCAGCUGCUGCCCAGAGACAUGCAACCUGGAGCGGACAUGCAUAGACAGCAAGCUGGCCUGCUUAGAUGGAUGCUACUGUCCUGAAGGUCUGAUUUAUGAGGAAGGGAGUUGUGUGGCCCCGGCUGACUGUCCCUGUGAAUACCACGGCAUGUUUUAUCCCUCUGGACAAACUCUGCAGGAAGAAUGCAACAACUGCACAUGUGUGGGUGGAGUGUGGAACUGCACCGACCACACUUGCCCAGGGGAAUGCUCGGUUACAGGCGAUAUGUACUUCCAGUCAUUUGACGGGAGGAUCUUCACCUUCCCUGCGACAUGUCACUACGUCCUCGCCAAAAGUCGCAACUCAGGGAAAUUCGCCGUCACCAUCCAGAACGCCCCCUGCGGAGCCAAUCUAGACGGGUCCUGCAUCCAAUCAGUUAACCUGAUCAUUGACGAGGAUCCGAGGACCGAGAUCACACUGAGUCACGUCGGCGAGGUCUUCAUGGCCGGCCAGUACCGCGUCUCGCUGCCCUAUUCUGACGAUGUCUUCCACAUCCAGGAGCUGUCGUCCAUGUUCCUCCAGGUGAGGACGGCGUUCGGCCUGCAUCUGCAGUACAGCUGGACGGAGUUUCGUCUCUACCUGCAGGCCGACGAGGCGUGGAAAGACGACACGGUGGGGCUGUGUGGCACCUUCAACGGCAACACUCAAGACGACUUCCUAUCUCCAUCAGGAAUGAUCGAGAGCACCCCUCUCCUGUUUGGAAAUGCCUGGAAGGUGUCGUCGGCCUGUUCCCUCAGCCUGAGCACGCCUCCGCUCGACCCCUGUGACACCCACCAACAGGCCGUGACCUACGCCUCGGAGACGUGUGACAUCCUGAACCAGGAUCUGUUCGCCGCCUGUCACGAGUACCUCAGCCCAACGCCGUUCCACCUGCAGUGCCGCGCAGACACCUGCAGGUGUGGCACGCCCUGCCUCUGCUCCGCCCUGGCCCACUAUGCUCGGCACUGCCGCAGGUUCUCCAUCAUCGUCGACUUCCGAGCGCACGUAUCGGACUGUGCUGUCACCUGUCCUGCCACCAUGCAGUAUGGCACCUGUGUGUCGGCCUGCCAGCGGCGCUGCUCCUCCCUGUCCGUCCCGCAACACUGUGGGGGCCACUGCGAGGAGGGCUGCGUCUGCCCCCAGGGCUCCUUCUACAACCACCGAACACACACCUGUGUGCACAGGUCCGAGUGUCCCUGCAGUUUCCUCGGAGCCGACUACGAACCCGGAGACGUGAUCUUGACAUCAGCAGGUGUUCAAAUGUGUCUUAAUGGUAAACUGGUUCCCCAGACUGGAGAAACUGACAGGCUUUGCCCGCUGGGUCAGCUCCACCUGAACUGCUCAGAUGGGGAGAACAGCCAAUCAGCAGGAAGGGGCGUGGCCUGUGAGCGCACCUGUGAGUCCUACCUGCUCAACAUCACCUGCUCUGCGCAUGAGCCCUGCAUCUCUGGCUGUGCCUGUCCGCCUGGGUUACUGAAACAUGGGGAUGAGUGCUUUGAGCCUGAUGCCUGCCCCUGUUUGUGGAAAGGGAAAGAAUAUUUCCCUGGUGACCGAGUUUCCUCCCCCUGCUACCAGUGUGUUUGCCAACACGGGAUGUUCCAGUGUGUGUUUCGUCCAUGUCCCUCCAUGUGCACGACUUACGGUGAUCGCCACUACAGGACGUUCGACGGACUGCUGUUUGACUACGUCGGGGCCUGCAAGGUUUAUCUUGUUAAGAGCAGCGCUGAUGUGAUGCUGAGCGUUUUGGUGGAGAACGUCGACUGCUUUGACAGUGGAGUCAUCUGCAGGAAAUCCCUUCUGAUCAACAUCCGCGGAUCCUUCAUAUCUUUUGAUGACGACUCUGGAAAACCAAAUCCGUCUAGUGUGAUCGACAGGAAGCAGCAGAUGUUCAUCUGGCCAGCUGGAUAUUUCACAAUAAUUCACUUCCCAGAAGAAGACGUGACGGUGCUGUGGGACCGCAAGACGACGGUUCACGUCCAGGUUGGACCCCGCUGGCAGGGGAAACUCAGCGGCCUGUGUGGGAACUUUGACCUAAAGACGGUCAACGAAAUGCAGACGCCUGACAACAUCGACUCGCCGACGCCGCAGGAGUUUGGAAACAGCUGGACGGCCAUGGAGUGUGUGAACAGUCCAGACAUCAGACAUCCUUGCAGCCUCAGUCCUCUCAGAGAGCCGUUUGCAAAGCGUCGGUGCGCCGUCCUGCUCAGUGAAGUCUUCCAGACCUGCCACCCGGUGGUGGAUGUCACCUGGUUCUACACGAACUGCCUCGCUGACACAUGCGCCUGCAGCCGCGGAGGCGACUGCGAGUGUUUCUGCACCAGCGUGGCGGCGUACGCAGGGCGCUGCUGCCAUGAGGGCGUUUCUGUCGACUGGCGCUCGCCCUCUCUCUGCCCAUAUGACUGUGAAUUCUACAACAAAGUUCUGGGUAAAGGUCCGUUCAGGCUCUUGACCUUCUGGGAUCAGACGUCUCUGUUGGCAGCCAGCCGGUCCAGCGGCUUCGUGUUCCUGCAGCGGGUCAACACCAGCGUCGGCGCCGCUCCUGGGAUCCUCUCAGAGUUUAUGAUGACGCCGGGCCUCAGCAGAGCUCGACCACACGAUUCAUCGCGGGUUUCCUUUGAAGCCGCCGACAGACCGAACUACUUCCUGCACGCCACUGCCAGCGGCCAGGUGAGGCUGGCCAAGUGGGAGGGAAGCGAUGCAUUCUGGGACGGAGCCACCUUCGUCCUCCACAGGAACACCUGGAUCUCGGGCUACAACUCGCUGGAGUCGCACGCCAAGCCCGGCUUCUUCCUGCACGCUACGCCGCCGCGCCUCCACCUGCUCAAGUUCAGACACAGCUACGGUUUCCGCAAGGCGUCGCUGUUCAGAUUGACGGGCCCCAAACCAGACAGCCCUCCGGGUCCUCGCUGCCAGUGGAGGUACGACUCCUGCACCAGCCCCUGCUUCAGGACCUGCAGCGACCCGUCCGCCGAGUCCUGCGUCACCAUCCCACAAGUAGAGGGCUGCCUUCCUGUCUGCCCCCCAAAUAUGGUCCUGGAUGAAAUCACCCGUCGAUGCGUUCAUGUUGAAGACUGUAUUCGGCUCCCAGAUUCAUUGGCGCCUCCGUCUCCGUCCACAGCAGCUGAACAUUAUGAAGUCACCACAUCGUCCACACCUCCACACACACACCACGCAGUGAAAAUUCCCACCAGCGCUGUUUCUAGCGCUACUUCUGGGAGCAAAUACACCACCUCAUCCAAAGCACCACCUGCCCCUGAUGAGCCGGCCCGCCCGGAAGCCGGAGUUACAUCUGCAACUCCUGAGCCGUCCAGAACUCUGUCUGGGUCAACAGUGCCCUCUGCUGUCAGGCCAGAGGAAGUGGAGGCAACGUCCACAGUCAGAGUAACUGAAACUCCUGCUACAACUUCAUCAGCUGCAACAAGAUGGAUGACCAGGCUGAGCUCAUUCAGCCCCACCACGUCCAGAACAACCACAGGUCAUUUUGACUCCUCCUCCACUAAACCUAUCGACUCCCAGUACUCCCCACUCACCACCACUACGUCUGCUGGGAGGCCAACCACAAUCACAACGUCUACGGUUGGUCAUCCACAUAAAGACGCAUCCGAAAGCAUGAGUUCAGCAGUUAGUCAAACAACUUUGAGUUCAGUUUCUCCCCAAGUCUCAGAAACAUCUGCAGAAACAUCUGCAGUAAGAGGCAGAACCACUGUCUCCAGUACAGCGACUACCUCUUCUACAAAAGCUGCACCGGUAGAGGGAAUGACAACAGCACCAUUUAUCCUGCCAGAACUACCAACCACAAGCUCUACAACAGCUUCUCCUGUUCCCACCUCGCCUACUAAAGAAGCACAAACUGGAUAUUCGUCAACAGCAACAACAGAACCGUUCCAACCAGUUAGCUCUUUCACUCCCAGUAAGACACAAACUGGAACCACAGAAAGGACUUUGCACAUCAUUCCAACUGAUCGUACAACUUCUUCGACUGUUUCUGUGUCAUCUACAACAACCGUCUACCAUGUUAAACCCUCUACAACUCCACUGUCUGCCUUCACUUCAGCUACUACAAGGUGGCAAACAUCAACCGUAAAGAAAGUCACAGUCCCAGAAUCUCCUGCAUCUAAAAUCGCUACAGUCUUCACAACAACAGCUUCACCCAGACCUGCUAAGAUGACAGGCAGCACCGCUCCUUCUUGGUACAUGUCAGCUGCCUAUUCGGAUAGGACUUCCUGGUCCGCUGCUGCUCCAAUAACGGGGAAAACCACUUCCAGCAAACUAACUUCAAGACCCCUUGUUGUCCCAGAAACAUCCACAAUGUCCACAGAUGUUCAUUUCACCACAAAACCUUCAACAGGAAUUACUACUUUGCAACAAUCCCCAACCACACAGAGCACCACCCAUCCUCUGUAUACUGAGCGAACCUCUGAGCCUCGGUAUCCCCCUCACUGGGAGGUCACCUCCACUUCCACUACCACCUACCGGCCGCCAAUGGAGACAACACCUGGGCUGCCCUCUGAAUCUCCCACUAUGUCUGCUAAAUCUGCUGAAGUUCCUCUUCUUCCAGUAACAUCUAGGACAACAUCUACCUCUGCAGCAACUACCACCACCACAGAAACAUUGGCUCCAGAAAGUGGAGCCACAACCACCAGGAAGCUGAUAACUCCACCUGUCGCCUCCUUCACCACCACCACUAGAGGACCUAGACCCUCCAGUCUUCACACCACUCUUAAGUUAAUUACAGAGACUUCCCAACCAGUUACGACCAGAGUGUCAACUACAACUACAAGCAUGUCUUCUCCGUCCUUGCAUUUGCUCCACACAACAAGCUCUACAACAGCUCCAGAGGUAUCUACGGUCCUGGAGAAGGUCACGACCCGACUGGUGUCCUCUUCAAGAGCUACACCUACCGCUGUGAGGACAUCCACCCUUUCAGCAACACCCAGACUUCCUGUAACAUCUAGAGUUACUUCCAGAGCCACAUCGUCCGCAGUUAGGCCGAUCACCGCAAGGGUCACUGUUGCAACAAGACCUUCAGCUACCACUACCAGAUCAACUGUGGUUGGUUCACCGGCUACUACAUCUCCAACCAUUGCAACAACAGCAAGCAGGGUUGAUCAUGUUGCCACAUCGGCAGCAAUUUCCCGUUUGACUACAACAACAGCUCCAGUAGCGGUCUCUUCACCAUUAUCUACAGCCGCCUUCACCAGAGAGUCAACCUCAACCAAAGAAGCUGAAACAACGACGUCUCCAUCCCGACCUGAUGUCUUUGUCUCAACCCAGGAGCCUGGUAUUCCAGUUCCAACUACAACGCUUCAAGAAUCCACCACCGCCUUCCAAAAAAUUCCUACAAGUCCAGGAUCGACAACAGUUUCGACUUCUCCUCACACAGCGGCCGAAUCAACGAGUUCUUCAUUUGAGCGAUUAACAUCAAUGUCAGAAACAUCUAUAAGGACGUGCACUCCUCCGUAUGCAGAGAUAGUCGACGAAUGCACAAAGUACAUCUGUGUCAACAACCAGCUCAUCCUGUUCAAUAAAUCCCAGAGCUGCCCCUUCACAGCUGAGCCUCCAAACUGCGGCCUGCUUGGCUUUGCUAUUCUGGUCAAUGGAGACAAGUGCUGCCCGAAAUGGGAUUGCCCAUGUCGCUGCUCGAUGUUCCCCGAUCUCAAUGUGAUCACUUUUGAUGGGGACAGCUUUGCCGUUUUCAAAGCUGCCUCGUACAUCGUUGCCCAGCUUCCCAACGAGACCCUCAGUGUCCUGAUUCAGGAAUGUCCGGUGAACUCUGAGCGAGCGCUCAUCUGGAAUUUCACCAACUUGUGUCUGGUUUCACUCAACAUCACACACAAAUCGAUUCAGGUUGUCGUCGACAGACUGCAGAGGAGACUCUUCGUGAACUCGCGCUACGCCAAGCCUCGUUUUAAAAAGUACGGCUUUGAGAUCUACGACACAGGCAACAUGUACCUGAUCCGCAGCCCGGCCGGGCUCAAGGUGCAGUGGUACCACAGCACCGGCAUGAUGGUGAUCGACGCCGACGACGCAGGCAGCAAACUCCCCACCAUGGGCCUCUGUGGUUUCUGCGAUGGAGAUCUGACCAACGAUCUCACUCUGCCCAACGGCUCGGUUUUGGCCGUAAGCCAGGACCCGGUUCUGUUCAUCGACAGCUGGCAGGUUCCCAACACCACCAGCUACGUCAGCUACAGCCGUCGGCGUGAACACAACUGCUCCACCAGCGACUGCUCACGCUGCCUGGCCAUGCUGGAGGACAACGACUUCACGCCGUGCCACGCAUUUGUGCCGCCCAGCACGUUUUGUGAGGUUUGGGUGAGAGAUUCAGAGUAUGUGAACAACCACUGUGUGGCUCUGGCUGCUUAUGUGGCAACUUGCCAUAAAUUCAGUGUCUGCAUCAAGUGGAGGAGGCCGGAUUACUGCCCCUUCGUGUGUCCCGGCUCUCUGAGCUACCAGGCCUGUCUGCCGGCCUGCACGUCUCAGUCCUGUCCGAACCACGACUUUGACUCUGAUCCGGACCACUGCUCUGGCCUGACGGAGGGCUGCGUCUGCCCCGAGGGAACGCUGCUUCACCGGCCGUACUCGGCUCUCUGCGUCAGCCCUGAGAAGUGCUCCUGCACCGACAGCGGCGGCGUUCCUCGGUCGCCCGGCGAGGUGUGGAAGGCCUCGCAGGACGGCUGCUGCAUGUACCGCUGCGACAACGACACCAUCAUUCCCGUGGAGUACGACUGCUCCAGCGCGCCGGCGCCGGUUUGCCACCGAACCGGGGAGAUGAUCAUCAGCAUGUCUGACGACACGAGCUGCUGUCCUCACAAAGUCUGCGUUUGUAACCAGAGUCUGUGCGAUCGCUUCCCUCCUGAGUGUAAAUAUGGGGAAAAGCUGGUGUCGUACUACAGACCAGAGUCCUGCUGUCCGGACUACGUCUGUGAGUGCGAUCCUGAGCGUUGUGAGUCCGAGCUUCCCGCCUGCAGAGACGACCAGACGCUGGUCGCCACCAGAGCCGAAGGCAGCUGCUGUCUGGCCCACAUCUGCAUGUGCUCUUCCUGUGCGGAGAGGCCUCCUUCCUGCCGGGACGGCGACGUGCUGAGCGUCGACAGCAACAGCACGGAUCGAUGCUGCCCGUCCUACCAGUGCGUGUGUGAGCCCUACAGGUGUCCUCAGCUGAGCUGUCCUGUAGGGAUGUCAGUCGUGUCCGUUUCCAGUCCAAAUCUCUGCUGUCCCAACCAAACAUGCGUCUGCAGCUGCGAAAAGAUCGUCUCUCCUAAAUGUAGCCUGGGAGAAGCUGCACAGCUUGACCGGGCCUUCCUGUCCGACCCACAGAACCAGUGCUCCUGCAAGAGAUACAAGUGUGUGCGCGAAGCCGUGUGUGUGUUCGGCGAGCGCGGACUGCUGCGGCCGGGUCAGACGCUCGUCGAGCACGGAGACGACGGUUUGUGUUACAGUCGCCACUGCAGCCAGGUUCUGGACCCGGCGAGUGGAUUUUACCUGCUGCGGAUUUCCACGGUCAACUGCUCCGCCCACUGCCACCCGAAUCAGAUCUAUGUUCCUCCUAAAGACCAGUCAACCUGCUGCGGCGAAUGUAAAAACAUCUCCUGCAUCUAUCAACACGAGAACGGGACGGUAGGCCUCUAUAAGCCUGGAAGGUCCUGGGUGUCAAACUGCAAGAAGUUCGACUGCUCCGACACUUCAUUCGGACCGACCCUCAUCUCCUACUCUUACAGCUGCCCCCCCUUCAAUGAGACAGAGUGCAUGAAGAUCGGAGGAACCGUCGUUAGUUACAUGGACGGAUGCUGCAAGACGUGUAAAGAAGACGGGAAGUCAUGUCAGAAAGUGACAGUGAGGAUGACGAUCAGGAAGAACGACUGCCGCAGCAACCGGCCGGUGAACAUCGUGUCCUGCGACGGGAAGUGUCCCUCCGCCAGCAUCUACAACUACAACAUCAACACCUACGCUCGCUUCUGUAAGUGCUGCAGGGAGACGGGGCUGCAGCGGCGCUCUGUGCAGCUCUACUGCAGCAGCAACGCAACCUGGGUCAGCUACAGCAUCCAGGAGCCCACCGACUGCUCCUGCCAGUGGUCCUAGGCACAAACACUCACCUUCCGCAGCCCAGGCCUCACCUGGACCAGGCGUGUGAGGCCUAAAGGUGCUCAUGGAGAGGACAGCUUGGCGUUGGGACUGUGAAUAACACCACUGCAAGGUGCUGGGAGGAUGCGGAAGGCGGCUUCUCUUGACAGUUCUGUGCUGAUCUCAGUAAGUAUGUGUAGUACCUCUGCUGGCAGGGAGGUGGAGCUGUGGAGCAGAGAAGCAGAUGCAACCAGGACCCACGCAAUAAUAGCACUGAUGUAGUGACUAUUUGUCCAAAACUCAAAUUCAAACAUCAAAAAACUUAAGACUUAAAGGUGACCAAAAGAAAAGGUGAAUCCAACUCAAAUAGUCACCUGAUGCACCGAGAGUUUCUGGCUUACACCGUCCAAAAAGAUCCAACAAGUCAAAAAUUAUGUGCUUUGUUGCUUUAUUCCAUAUUCAGGCAAAAAAUCUGAUUCCUGCAUCUGUUCUCUGACUGAUUGACUGACAGGUAAAAACCACCUGACCAGCCAGGUGCAUAAUGAGCCACUAAAACCUGAAUAUUUACACCGUGAAACACAAAACUGUCCCAAACUGUAAUUAAUUAACUAGUUAAGUGAAUUACUAGCCAAAGACUUAUUACAAAAAUUAAACAAAAAUUCUAAUUAUAAAUCAACUUGAAUAUAAGCAAAUAAAAAUAAUCUAAGAUUUAACUGAAAAUAGAGAAAUAACUCCUAAAACUGGAUCAUUUCAUGGAAUUACAUUCAUUGUGACUACAGUUAAAACUUAUUAAAGUUUCUGUAGGCUUUCAAACAACCAAUUUUAUUGGUGUAACUAGAACACACAGAUAUUUAAAUAUCUGAUUAAUGUCCUGUUGGUUCCUGCUGCUUUGCUCUGUUCCCACCUGCCUGCCUUCACAUAGAGGACGUGCCAAUUAGAAACAUCGUUUUAAAGAGCAUCCUGCCAUCUCUGCCUCACUUAUAAUUUCAUAAGAACGAUGAGGAAAACAGCGUUUUUAUUCAGAGAACUCCUCCCAGCUCAGUUUUGACCAUCUUUCAUUUUUAAAUUUGACCCAAAACGUUGCGCGUUGUCUUCUGUAAAUAACUACAUUCAAGUGCUCUUGAAAUCUUUUGCAGUGCAUAAAUUAGAUUUGUCUCUCUCUCUCUUUUAGAAAGGCUGGCAUAAAAUGUAUAUUCUUUGAUGUGGAUUUUAUUUUCUGUAAUCAACAUUAACUGACUGAAAUCCAGCUGUUUGCGGAGCUCUUUAUUUAUUUAUUGGAGUUUGCUAAAACACAGAAGUUCUGUUCUGUAAGACGCAUUCGACCCAAAAAGGAGAAGAAACAGCAAGAUGUUUUUUAAAAAUGUUUGUGACCAACAGACUCCUGGUUAGUUUAAGUUAAAGAGGAUUUGUA